AAUUCGUUUUCGCCCGUCGUUUUAAUCGUCGGCUGGAAAUAGCCGGUUGGCGAGGUAAAUUUAUGGGUUUUAACGAAACGCACAUCGGCACUAGCAAACGACUCACAUUCUUUUACUUUUCUCUGUUAUCGAAGAAGAUUUCUACAAUGAUUUCUCAUAUGUAGAAACAUGCCAAACGUCCUUGAAUAUUUAUGGUAAAGAUUAGGAAUUAAAGGCGUGUUUUUAUUUUUAAAUCUGAAUUUGAGCGACACAAUUUUUACUAUUGGAUAAAGCUUAAUCUUUUAUUUUUAUAAGCAAAUUAAAUGGCAGAAACAUUACGAAAAGCAGUUAUUUUCUGCUCUACUAUUUUUACAUUGAUAGGAAUGGGUCUUUCUAUUGCAGCAAUUUUGACUCCAUCAUGGCAGGUAGUAAAUCUGCAAGAGUAUAACUCAAUUCAUGAACAUGGCCUCUGGUUGGACUGCAUAAGGCAUACUCGCGACGGAGGUGGUGUCCUCCUUCGGAGAUAUGCAACAAUGAAUGAACCUUUGCAUUGUGUUUACAAAUUUGACUACGAUAAGUAUUCUGGCACAUUUGACCUAGAGGAUGAUAAUUCACCUGUUGGUGAAGUAAAUCGGCAUAAAUUUUAUGGAUGGCAUACUUCAACGUUGAUAAUGCUUGCUCUUGCCCUGAUCACUUCAUUCUUCUCAAUUUGUCUUGGUGCUUGUGGGUGUUGUUACGCAUCUCUUUCAUUGUUAUUUACAGCUACAACUUUGUUGACCACAUUUCUUUCAUCCGUUGCCGAAGGUGUCUUUUUCUUCUUUUCCCAUAGAGCAGACAAUCGUUUCAUCAAGGGUAUUGUCGGCACCUAUGAGCAAAGGGUUGGCCUAGCUUUUUUCCUUCAAAUGGCUGCUUGUUUCUUUCAUUUUAUUGCCUUUUUAAUUGCCAUGCUGGCCACAUAUUUUGCUUUUACACAAAAAGGAGUUGUUUUGGAUCGUGAGCGAUAUUCAUUGCAAAAUUCGUCCAAAACUAAUAUCACAAAUAUGGGAAGAUCUAUGGAAUUCGAACAUCCUGUAUUCGUUCAACAAGCACCACCUCCAACCAGGCCAAGAACGGCCGCACCGUACAACUUGAAGCAAACAGACAUGGAUUUUGGGCGCAGUGUAGCAGAUUCAAUGCCUGAACUAAGUCGUGAUAGGAGCUAUCCAUCUGAUAUUGCCAUGGGAGGAAGAAUUAGCCGCAAAUCAGAAACUUGCGUUUGA